AUGACGCUACAUGGAGGCUUUACUCCGUUAAUCGAUUGUGUCUGGAGACGCCGUAAAAACACAUUCCGCUAUCUACUUCGUCAAGGAGUCAAUCCAAAUAUUGAGUUGUCGUGCAACAGACGUUGUGUAAGAAAGAAGCUGAAAGCUCUCGGUGUCGUUGCACGCUUGAGUUCAGUUCAUUGGGAUGAACUCAACGACACCGAGACGCUGGAAAUCUUAUUAAACGCUGGCGCGGAAACUCGAGGGACAGCGGCGCUACAUAUUGCUUCAUUCCUUGGCAGCCUACCUAAGAUGCAGUGCCUUAUCGAGCACGGCACUGAUGUCAACGAAGUUUUGGAGCAAGAGGUCUUGACCUACUUUCAACUUCGUAGCAAGGGGCUUAGCUCGCCUCUCCACUGGGCUAUUCAAGGGGGGAACAAGGAUGCUAUCAGGUUCUUGCUUACGAAAAACCCGGACCUAGACAUCCAAGACAACGAAGGGGUCAGCGUAAGGGCUUACCUUGAGGAAUAUGAUGUUGGUUCGUUGGUAGAGGAUGCAGAGGCGGCUAAGGCCUAA